AUGAGUACGCCGGAUCAGCCUGAUGACAAACUUUUUGAGUUUGCCCGAAACCCCGUUUCCUUCAUUGCUAAACACGUAAUCGAUGGCGGCCACCAGACCGGAAUAUCGAUACGUGUGAAAGAAUUUCGUCUGCCAACUUUUAUCCGAACCUUGUUGAUUACGCGUCUAGAGCAGGAUUCCUCAGUCCAAUUCUCUGAUCGUGAUUCAGCUGUAAGACGCAUGCGUUCGCGUCUCAAUUUCUAUUGUCGAUGUACACGUUCGUCCCACAUUGGUUCCCCACAUGACACGAAGUGA